AUGCAAAUCGACACCCCCGCAAAUGCCCCGGCAAAGUCGGCCAAGGGCAAGCACGACCCCCCGUCGGCCGACGACGUUCAUUCCAAGCAGACGCUGUUCAUCCGCGACCUGCCCUAUUCGGCAACCUCGCAGGAUCUCGAGGCAUUCUUCUCCGAGAUUGGCCCCGUUCGGUCGUCGUUUGUCGUGGCCGACAAGGAUGCUUCCAACGGCGAGCACCGGAAUAAGGGCUUUGGCUUCGUGACCUUUGCCCUCAAGGAGGAUGCCGAGCGGGCGAUCCAGGAUCUCAAAAAGAAAAAGUUUAUGGAUGUGCACCGCCCCGUCCGGGUCGAGUUUGCCGUCAAGAAAGCCAUCGCCAAGAACCGCAAGGCUGACGGUGUCCCUGUCAAGCCCGAGCUGGUCAAGAGGUCGAAAAAGCAGGGCGUCGAUGCCGUUCCCACCUUCACGAAGCAGCAGAAGCCCCAAGACACCCCCGUGUCCCUCAAGAACACUGUCGUCGAAAUCGGGGGCAUCCCCGACGGCGUGACCGCCAAGAUGCUCAAGCACAAGGUGCGCAAGUUUGCAGCCCCGGUCUCGCUUAUCUUCCCAGUCGAUGGCCAGCCCGGUGUCGCCCGAGUGACAUACUCGUCCAAAACAGAGGCGGAUGCGGCGGCGCAGCACCUCGACGGACAUCAGUACAAGGGCGUGGCGAUCACGGCCAAGGUGACUGGAUCACAGGAUAAGGUAUUCAUCGCAUCGUCCUGGCAGUCAAGUACUGCAACGAGCCCACAGAUAAACGUCCAGCGCAUGUGUGUGGUGGAAGCAGCUGCUGUCAAGCGGGCGCGAUUGAUUGUGCGCAACAUUGCCUGGAGAACGAAGGAAUCAGAUCUCCGCACCGCAUUCUCGCCGUACGGUAACAUCAUCGAGGUCACGGUUCCACUAAAGCCCGACGGCAAGAUGUGCGGCUUUGGCUUUGUCCAGUUCGAGGCUGUCGAUGAGGCAGAAAAGGCCAUGGAUGCUAUCAACGGCACAGAGCUCCUUGGACGAACCGUGGCUGUUGACUGGGCUGUCGCCAAAAAGUUCUACGAGACGGACGCCGCGGACGGUGAUGCCGAAGAGGCCAACAAAGCUGAUGGUGCUCAAAAUGAUGAUGAUGAAGAGGAGGACGAAGACGAUGAGGACGAGGACGAGGAAGAAGGUGAAGAUGAAGACGGAGAUGAAGAUAUGGACCAAAUCCCCAACGACGAGGAUGAGGAUGAGGACGAGGACGAUGGCAAUGAUGAAGAUGGCGACGAUGACGAUGGCGAAGAUGAGGAGGACGAUGUCGAGGUUACGUUUGACGGGGAAAGGCGGCCGCGCAAGAGCGGUCUGCCUGACCCAUCUGAGGGCAGAACACUCUUCAUUCGCAAUCUUGCCUUUGAGACAACCGAGGAGGACCUCGACGAAUGCUUCUCUGCCUUUGGCCAAGUCCAGUAUGCGGUUGUUACCAUGGACCACAACACCGGCCGCUCGCGCGGAACCGGAUUCGUUGCCUUUGAGGAGAAGUCCGAUGCCGAUGCCUGUCUUGCUGCGUACGCCAAGGCCACUGAGGCAAUCGCCUCGCUGUCGACCUCCAAAGAGACCAGCAAGGGUGCCGACGACAAGCGCAAGAAGAACAUCAACGUUGCAAAGUCAGUCCUUCUGCCCGAGCCUUCGCUGACGGCCUCCAACACAGCCUUCAUCCUUGGAGGGCGCUUCCUGAACGUCACCCGGGCCGUCCAGCGAGACGAGGCAACGGCUCUCGCUGAAAGCGGACGACGCAAGCGCAAGGAGAGCGACAAACGCAACCUGUACCUGAUGCGCGAGGGUGUCAUCUUUCCCGACUCGGAUGCAGCCAAGGACAUUCCACCCACGGAGCUGUCCAAGCGCCAGAAGAGCUACUCGAUUCGGAAGCGGCUCUUGACCGUCAACCCGAACCUCUUCAUCUCCAAGACUCGUCUGGCGAUCCGAAAUUUGUCGGCAAAGCUGGAUGACCUGCAUUUGCGACAGGCCGCCACCGAUUCUGUUCGGGAAUUCUGGAAGGAUGUCGAGCAGAGCAAGCGCGAGCCUCUGGACAAGGACGUGGUCGAGGACGAACAGAAGGAGGGCCGCGGCAUUCCGGGCAAGCGCCGAGUGCUGAUCAAACAGGCCAAGAUUUUGCGCGAGAAGGACAAGAUCGAUCCCGCCACCGGCAAGCACCGAUCCAAGGGCUGUGGAUUCAUCGAGUUUGCCAAUCACAGCGACGCACUGGCAUGUCUGCGUUGGCUCAACAACAACCCCAGCGUCUACGUCCAGGAUAAGAAGAGCAAGAUCAAGGGCGGAGACAGCACCGAGGAGGAAGGUGCCAGCGAGGGACGCAUUCCAUUUGCCGGCGGCUCGAAGCGACGCCCGAUUGUCGAGUUUGCCGUAGAGAACCUGCAAGUCCUCAAGAAGCGC